AUGUCACACUCCCACGACCAUUCUAACGGCGCCAGCCACGACCACAGCCACUCCACUCCAACGGACCACGGCCACACCCACGAACACUACACUAACGCCGGCUCGUACUUAAACCGCGAACAACCCCUACUGGCCUCUCGGGACUUCAGCCAGCGUGCCUUCACAAUCGGCAUUGGCGGCCCUGUGGGCAGUGGUAAGACCGCUCUAUUGCUUGAGCUCUGCCUCGCGCUCAGGGAUCAGUACAACAUCGCCGUCGUCACAAACGACAUCUUCACGCGUGAAGACGCUGAGUUCCUCACCAAACACGGCGCCCUAGCCCCAGAGCGCAUUGUCGCAAUCGAGACGGGCGGAUGCCCCCACGCCGCCGUGCGCGAGGACAUCAGCGCAAAUCUCCUCGCGCUGGAAGGCCUACACGCCAAAUUCAGCACUGAACUCCUCCUGAUCGAGUCCGGUGGGGACAACCUCGCAGCAAACUACUCGCGCGAACUAGCGGAUUUCAUCAUCUACGUCGUGGAUGUCGCUGGAGGCGACAAAGUGCCCCGUAAAGGCGGCCCCGGCAUAACCGGAUCAGACCUCCUCGUGAUCAACAAGUGCGAUCUUGCAACUGCCGUAGGCGCAGACGUGGACUUGAUGGAAAGGGAAGCCCUGAAGAUCCGCGAGGGCGGGCCGGUGGUGCGGGCGGUGGUGAAGAAUGGCGUAGGCGUGAAGGAGACGGUGGAGUUGGUGCUGGGGAUGUGGAAGGGCACGAGGGGUUAUGCGGAUGCGAAGGCGCGGUGGGAGAAGGGUGGGGCGAGGGGGAGUGGUGAGAGUCCCGAGGUUGUGCGGUAUAAAAUGAAUCCGAUGCGGAUGGGCUCAUGA